UCCCAUAAUAUUAAAAUUCAUCCUCCGGCUUGUCGGCCGGAGAGCCGGGCGCGUCCACGUGUAAAGCACCCAGUUCGGGAAACCGAGGGAGGGAAGGGAAGUCUCGACAGAUAUGCACUGGAUCGGAUACUGCUCGCAUAUUUAUACGAUGCGCGUAAUAUCCCCCACGGCGACGAUGAUCUCGGGUCGGUCGGUGGUGAUGAUGAUGUGAUGAGCUUUCCAAGAUGGGAUUUUUAGUGACGGGUUGGAUCAAGAACCGGUUUUUGAGGGACGGGAGAGGGAGUGCUGUCCAUGGCCGUUGGACGAGGGAGAGACAAAUCAUGCCAGCCGUUAUUUUCACACACGCACACCCCCCCUGUCCCUCUCUCUCUCUCUCUCCCUGUGACGACAAGUUCGCAGCCCGAAUUCUCUGUCCCUUCUUCUUCUACAGGUUUCUGUUGGGGCUCCUGAGGUUUUUCUGUCGACGCCUCAGGGUGAUGGAAGAUGUCCGGGAAGAUGCCGUUCCAUCCAGGAAUGGCCCUGCUAUCACUGCCAGGGAAAUCCAAGAAGAAGAAGAAAAGGAAGAAGAGGAGGAGGAAGAAGAACGAGAAAGGCUCCGUGUUAAGGGCAAGAAAUGCCGGGCUGGUUUCUCUGACUCCAUAUCAUCCCAUGACUUAAGAUCUUUGGAGAUGGAGGGGAGGGCGGACGAUUCUUCCCCUCGAGGAGUUUUCGAGGAUGACCUGAGUGGCGUAGAGCCCAGUGUGACUUCCCCUGCCAGCACCUCAAGUUCCGAAUGCCACUCAUUCUCAAAAGGCUCUAACAAUAAGUGGCGGGGUUUCCUCCGCACGCUGAAGAAGGGAUCCCCCGUGCGCUUCCACACAUUUCCCCUGAAAAGCGUCCCCAAGCUCACUAGGAGGAAGAGCACGAGGAUAAGAGAGGACAUGGUGCCGGCAUUCCAUGCCAGCCUGGACACCGAGCUCGGUGACCUGAGCUAUUUCAAACCGUCCUGGAGGAAUUUUACCCUCAUCGAGCUCCAAGACGCUACCGACAACUUCAGUCGCGACAAUCUAAUUGGGGAAGGAGGAUGUGCUGAAGUUUACAAGGGCAUGCUGCCGGGCGGGGAGAUUGUUGCGAUCAAACGGUUGACGAGGGGAUCGCCAGAGGAGAUGACUGCAGAUUUCUUAUCUGAGCUCGGAAUCAUUGUGCAUGUGGACCAUCCAAACAUCGCCAAAUUGAUCGGAUACGGAGUCGAAGGGGGAAUGCACUUGAUUCUCCAUCUGUCUCCUCAUGGGAGCCUCGCGUCUCUGCUCUACGUUGCAGGCUCUGGGGAGAAACUGGACUGGGGCAUCAGGUACAAGGUCGCUCUGGGAACGGCUGAAGGACUAAUGUACCUUCAUGAGGAGUGUCAGAGGAGGAUUAUCCACAAAGAUGUGAAGGCUGCGAAUAUAUUGCUCUCCGAGGAUUUCGAGCCCCAGAUAUCUGAUUUCGGGCUUGCAAAGUGGCUGCCGGAGCAAUGGUCUCAUCACAUUGUAUCGCAAAUUGAAGGCACAUUUGGAUACCUUCCUCCCGAGUACUUCAUGCACGGGAUUGUCGACGAGAAAACAGAUGUGUAUGCGUACGGGGUACUGUUAUUGGAGCUCAUCACAGGACAGAAAGCUUUGGAUAGUUCACAGAAAAGCCUCGUCAUGUGGGCCAAGCCUCUGCUUUCUGAUAACCGCAUCAAGGAGUUCGUGGAUCCAUCUCUCGGCGGUGCCUACAACUCGGAGCAGAUGGACCGUCUGAUCUUGGCGGCCUCGUUAUGUACCCACCACUCUUCAAUCCACAGACCCCAAAUGAGCCAGGUCGUAUGCCUUUUGAGAGGCGAACAGAGCAGUUUAGAGCUCGCGAGAGAACAAGACCGAGGGCCUUUGCUGCAAAGGACGUACUCCGAGGAGCUGUACGCCGCAGAGGAGUACAACGCGACCAAGUACCUAAACGAUCUGGACCGGUACAUGGAGAUCGUCCAGGGCUUAACUAAGGAAUGCCGAACCGAGUAGCUUGUUUUUUCUUCUAACCGUGACUCUUUAAGGGAGAUGCGUUGUUCCAAAUGAAACUUGUAUUGCUUCGACUGGUGUAUAUGGUCCGAGUUCUCAACCAGAUUCUGCACAAUCAUAACUGCAGAAGUUCAGGAUGCAACGAAUGAGGCAGGAAUCAAUUAACUGCGCAAAUAUAUAUUUGGGCUGGUCUUCCGUUGGAGCCAAAGAAGAAAAUAAAGCAAGAGGUUGAACCGAGAGGAGUGAAGUUUUCUUGCAGAACAGCGGCCAUAAACAUUCCUUUUACUGCUAAUUCAUGUUAAGUUUCCUAUCAAAGGUUGCUCCUUAAAAUUGAGUC